UAAAAGUGGCGUGAUAAAAAGGGAGAGAGGGUGAGGGCGGUAGCCAAAGAGAGACACUAAAUAAAUCAUUUUUUCCGCAACUAAAUCUGGAGAAAAUCACUUCAUUUCAGAGGUUUCCGCAGAGCUGAGGUCUUUUAAAAAAGCAAAUAAGAAGCUUGAUCCAGAAAGCUGUGGAAUAUACAUUUGGCUUGGGUUCCCGGGACACACUGCGGUACAGUGUGAAGACAGAGGAGCUAGCAACCAAGGGUUUAAAAAAAAAAAUUGAGCCCCAUCUCUUCCUAUUUCUACUUUGGGGCAUCUGCUCACCUGUCACCCUGGGAAAGGCAACACUUUCCAGACCUUCCCAUUUCUCUCCUUCCUCUCCAUCGUCCCCUCAGCUACGUUUUAGGAGCCUCUCGGCUACCCUGAAUUCAAGAAUUAGGUGGCAAAGGCUUUUGCCUCUUCUAUUGCCUGUCAUGCAUAUCAAGACCACCAAGUGUAACCACUUAUGUCUGGUCGCCUCUGUGACCAAUCGAGAAGUGUUCAAUCAUCCUGAUGUUCAGGCCAGCUUUGAGGCUUUAUUCCAUUCUUUUGAUCCAGAAGCUCAGUUCCAGUACUUCAAGUCCUUCCGACGGGUCAGGAUUAAUUUCAGCGAUGCGCUAGCUGCAGCAGAGGCGAGAUUGCAACUUCACAAAACUGAUUUCCAUGGUAAAGAAAUGCGUCUCUACUUUGCCCAGUCUGUUCACAUCGGGAGUCCUAGACUUGAGCCUCCAAAGCCAGAGAAGCAGUUUCUCAUCUCACCUCCCGCCUCGCCUCCGGUGGGUUGGGAGCAGUCUCAGGAUGCUAUGCCUGUUGUCAACUACGACCUGCUUUGUGCCAUCUCGAAGUUAGGACCAGGAGACAAAUAUGAGCUUCACACAGCCACCCCCACCACCCCCAGCGUCGUUGUCCAUGUUUGUAAAGAAGAGCUUGGCGAGAGCUUGGGUCGGGAUGAAAGAGACCCGGAUGACGUGGCGCGACCCACACGGCCCAAGAUCGUCCAGACGCGCCGGCCCGACUACACACGCAAUGUUGAGCAGAUGGCAGCACUGGAGUGACAACCAUUAUAAUGUUAUCACGAUGUCAUCCAUACAGCGCAGAAGAUGUGCUUUUCUGAGGGUUGCUCUCUGAAUUUGGGAUGGUACCUUGGAGGUGCUGCAUUGUCCCAUUAGCUGGGAGACGAACUUAAGAUGCUGUAUUUGUGUCCUUUGGGAACGCUUGGAAUGUCUUUUGAGGAGUUUAGCCGUAUGACAACAACUACUCUCAAAAUUUGUGGUUUUGGGGUGAUGGAAUACUACCGUAGUUUGGAUAUGUUCACAUUCAUGUCAUGGGUUACUACUCAGUUUAUGGAUUUGUUUGAUGUGUGAUUACUCACUUGUGCAUGGGAUAAGCUUGUCAUAGACAAAAGAUUCCAUCCCACACAACAUGAAAGCAGCAUCAUCCUUACAAGCAUAACUCAAGUUUUGGGUGAAAAAAAAUGUUUCAAAAUAGAAAAGCUACAUAAAACGCAUCACAAAAUUUUCAUAUUUUCACAGUGGCAGUUUAGGUCAGUCCGUGUGACAUCACAUCUCUACUAUUGUAACUUUUGUGUAAUGUAUGUGUUGUCAAUGUGUACUGCCUUACAUUCUAAUUCUGCUCUGAUAUGAGAAUGUUAAUAUUUGUAUUGUUCUCCCUGUUGUCAUUUGUUAUAUCAAGUGUGGAAAUUGUUUUUUUUUCCCCCUUAAUAAUCCAGCAAGGAAUUCUUAGAGCUGUUCUGAGUGUCAUUUGUGGAACUGUCUGUGUGUGACAGACCUUGAAAAGCCAUCUUCAUCUGAGGUUUGUUGUAACAUGGCCAUUUGGCCUAUUCUAGCCAUGCUUUACAAUUAAAAAAAAAAGUCUAAUAUGGGCCAGCCUCCAAAUCUGAGAUUGGCUUCACAUAUGAUAUGCUAUGAAUUGUGCUCUGAUCUAGAAAUUACAAUUGCUGAACCUAAAUGCUAAAUAAAGAAUGGAGUGUGAUAACUGUGUUUCAUUACACUUUACUGA